AUGGGUCCCCUUCGCUCUCCCCCGCCCACCAGCACCCACCCUGCCCUCACCUCCUCAUCCGGCCUGCUGACAGCCCUCAGGAAGCAAGCCGAGAGGACCAGAGGCUCAUCUGCCAAGCAGAGCUGCCUGGGGCAUGGGAACCCGGGGCAAACAGAUGCAGGGCAGGAAGACGGGGAGGAGAGGAGGCUCUUCCACCUCCUCUUCCACCUCCUCUUCCAGUCCUCCCCACACCCAGUGUACAGGGAGGGCAAGGAGGAGAGCCCCAGAUAUCAGUCGGCCGGAUCUCGUCCCCUCCUUCCAGAGGCCUGGAAGAAGGAGUUGAAAGACCUGGCUUCCCGGGUGGCCAUCUUCACCAAGGAGAAUGAGCUGAAGAGCAAGGAGAGUCUCUGGCUGCUUUUUUCCCAGCAGAAGAAGGAGCCUCAGCGGGAGCAGGGGGCAAAGUACUCAGCAGAGACUGGUAGGCUCAUCCCUGCUUCCACCCGGGCCACGGCCCGCCGCCACUCCCGCCAGGCCGUACGAAAGCACCCUGCGAGCAGAGGUGGAGGAGACCAGACCUUCAUCCUACAGGAUCAGGAGUUGCUGAUCCUGGAGCUGCUUUCUCAAAUCCUGCAAACAGACUCCUUGAAUGCUAUCCAGUUCUGGCUACUCUACGCGCCCCCCAAGGAGAAAGACAUGGCACUAGGCCUCCUGCAGACAGCAGUGGCUCAGCUCCUUCCCCAGCCUCUAGUCUCCAUCCCAGCAGAAAAACUCCUGAACCAGCUCCAGGAAAUUCAAGAACCACUUCAAGAGAGGCAACAGCUACCCUACAGCCAAUCCCUGAGGAAGACGAAGACACCACCUCUAUCAAAAAGCAAAAAACCAGAGAACACUGGGAAAGCACAAGUUCUUCGCGUGCACUCCAGCCAGAACCCAGAAGAGAAGGCGGCAAAGCCAAAGGCAGAGGGCUGAGGAGUUCGCACCACUUUGCCCACCUUGCUCAAGAAGAGCCCCUGAGUUCAAAGAUUCGGCCCGUACCCCCUCAACAGCAAUACCGGUUUUCCUAUCACAUGGAACCUAUUAAAAUACUGUCUUCCCCUUAAGAGGACAGUUCUGCUCUCCUA